GCUGGGGGACGGGUGUAGGCAGGGAGCCUAUUCGGGCUCGUGCUUCUUCUGUUGUGUCGCCGUGGUUACUGCCUGAACGGUCGGCAGGGGCGGUCGGAGAGCAUGACGGCGUCUCUCGCCAAAGGAGCCAGUUGAAAGGUGCUGACGAUGGGUGUGGGCUGCCAAGGCGGUGCGGGAGCGGGCAGGCGUGUGGAAGUCACUUUCUCCGAACGACUCCAAAACGAUCUCCGCACAAGCAAGCUGACACCUCGACAUGCGUGUGCUGUACUGGGGAAAGGGACCCUUCUUAAAAGAGGCAUCUGCAGUGCUCAGUCUUACCUCAAAAUCAUCCAGAAGGGAUUCCAUCUGCUCUGUAGGCAGCUCACUGCUGAACUGCCACCGGCAGUACAGGUCCCAACCCACUCAUCGAAUCGGCCGGUAUGGACAUUUGCUCCCCUCAAAGGCUUCCAAGAAGAGGAGGGCCUCCGUACACAUGAAGGAGAUCGAUCCCGGGACAGAGCACGAGUACGGCUCCUUGAGCAUCGUGAUGACUGGCUACGACAUGACCCUCGUCGAGCACUAUAUGAAGUACAUCCACAAGCUGUGCAAUCGACUGUCCAUCAUCGUGCAGGAAAGCUAUGCCAUGCCCACCAGGACCACGGAAGUAAUGCUGACUCAGGAGCAGGGGUCCAAGAUGAAGCUCGACGGCGUUCUUACAACCCACCAGCGAGUUGUACAGAUCAAAGGUUUGACUGCCACAUUUGCACCCAUUCUCUUGGAAGUCCUUUGGAAUAACCAGCCUGAAGGAGUCCAUCUGUUAGUGAAAGAGCAUACAGAGGAAGACUUCAAAAUCCGACUGAAGGACCGUCCAGAACUCGAACAGCUGCUUUCCCAGCUGAACUGAGUCAACCCGGCAGCUUCUUACAAGUGCCCGUAAUACCUCGGUGUUUAGGUUAGUCCAACCGUCUUUCCGGCCGCUUUCCGUGAUUCUGUGGAAAUGGACUUCUGUAUUUUCUGGGCAUGCUCGCUCUGCCACUGUGGGCCUUUUCCCGUAAUAAACAGCAAAAAACGUGGUGUGCUGUA